AACAUGCAGCAGUUGCCGACAAAGAAUGGCGUAGGUGGAUACAAUAGUCUGAAUGAUCCACACUUACAAAAUUAUUUCACCAACAAAACUGUCACCAACUACUUGAAGAAAGCUGGAGUUGUUACUAGAAAGGGUGAGAUUGUGCCAGAUGCCGUCUACAGAGCAAACAUGGCACAUGAAGAGCGCCGGAGAAAGGCCCGGGAGCAGCUCACCAGUGAACUAUUAAAUAAAUCCGUUAAUCUACAGCGCAAAUAUGAAAGUGAAAUACAACAUAGACUUGAAGAAAUAGCAAAACUGGAGCUUAUUCGAAAGAUUCGAUUAGAAACUCGUACAAUUAACAAGUUUGGAAUUAAGGCGAAAGGCAAGAAGAAAUCCAAACGUAUGCGUGAGAAGGAUGAAGGUGCCAUCAGUGGUGGCAAGAGAGGGGAUGAGUCUGUGGAGCCGAACAGUCAAGCAACGGAACAACAUGAAACUAGUCCUGAGGGUGACGCUUACACGAACGGUUCCUUCAGCUACAUGUCUAACGACUAUAGGACUAAUGACUAUAUGACUAAUGACUAUAUGACUAAUACUAAUGACUACAUAACAAACGAUGGCACGACCACCGACUAUAUGACUAAUGACUAUAUGACUAACGACUAUAUGACUAACGACUAUAGGACUACUGAAUGUACACCUAUUACAGAUCACACCUGCUCAUGUAUGAACUCCUCCUAUCAAGACGGCUCCAGACAAUCAACUUAUACGGAUGACUCAUACUACAGCUAUUGUUCUGAAUGCAAUAAAGAGUGCAUGGUGGUCGACCAAGAUGACCUGCUGCCAUAUUGUGGUAAACCAUGUCUUCAAGAUCCAAACACUUCAGUCCGAUUCCAUGAUGACACAGUUGCUCCACUAUUUCCAACAGUUGACUGCACGUUAUGUCCUUGUGAGACAUGUGAUGAAACCUGUUGCAAACUGCCUGUAACACUCAUGUUUGUGGGCUGCUGUGGCAGCCAGACUGACGAGCCAACUGAGAUCCACAUUGAGCAGCAGCACAACUGUGAUGAAGUCUUUUGCGUCUACCAACAGUGUCACUAUAUUAAAGAUAUAUUUACAUUCGUGUCACACCACGAACGUGAUUUCCCAUUCAUACUCUACGUUUACCUCAACGGCCUGCUGCACAUGAAAUUAAACACAUGCUGUGAGUACAAGCAUUUGCCCGGAUAUCGAUUUGGAGGGAGACGUGGCCAGUUGAUACUUGUCGAUGUCAAAGGGACAUCAAGCUGUACACUCUGUGAAGAAUCCUUUACUAAGUUUCAGGAAGAAACCAGCGAAUCAACAAUAGGGGUUGGAGAUAUUAAGAUGGAGGAGGAAAUAGUCAUUGAUGUACCCCGCAAUGAAGUUGCUGAAAUCUGUGUCCCAGCAGAAGAAAAUACGAAAAUGUCAAUGCUAAUUGACCUGGAAGGCCAAAAGGCAAAAGUCAAAGCUGUUGAAGGAGAUACCUUUGAAAUCUAUGAUUCAGAAGCCACCUCUUCAGCCACUGCCAGCUCCGUGUUGUUGAGCAGCCCCACGUGCCAGUGCCACGAGGUUGCAGUGCAAGACAACAGAGAAGCUGAAGAGAAGUGUGUUUGUACCAAUUACCACUCCACUGGUGCCACAACCGAAGCAACGGAGAGCUCGCAUUCGCCAUGCUCGGCCGAAUCCCCUGUCGACGAAUGUGUAUGCGAGAAGGAAACCUCAAACACGUCAUGCGUCUGCUCACAACACUCCGACCACCACCGUCACCACCACCACCACCACCACCACCACCACUCCUGUCAUUGUUUGCAUCACGACUCCUCCUUCUCCUCCAAUGCUCCUCCCAGUGUUCGUAUUGGUGGAGGUGGCCACAGCAGUGGUUCUGGUCAUGAGUCUGUUGGAAGUAAUAUUGCAGGUGGUGCAGUGAGCACAGGUGGGAAGGCUACUGUUGCGACCAAUGAGGAGAGCAAUUCUGAAGAGGAUAACGAAGUUACUGCUGAUGGUGGCAACGUGAAAGAUGAUGACAUUGUUGUUGAACGGGUAGAAGAGAAGGAUUUCGAUGGUGACGAUGAAGACAAUGCCUCUGCCGCUGACGAUGUCCAAUCCGAGUCACAGCAUGAUAUCAGUGAAACUGAGCAAGGAGGACAACAGCAAUCUCCACAACUGGUACUUUACUAUCAGAACUCCAAUGAAAACAAUUCAUUGAGAAGAACUUCACCUCAAGAUUCUGUUUCUCAGGUGUUAUAUCUCGACACAAAUUUGCUGAGCAUGAAACUAGAGCAGCUUCAACAACAGCAGCAGGAAGGUCUACAACAAGUAGAAGAAGAAGAUCAACCAAAACGACAGGAGGAUCAGAGUCAUGAAAAAGGAAACAAGAGAGAUCUGUUGAAAGCAGACUCUAUCCAAGACACAGACGAGCUGCCUGAAAUAAUGGAGCCAGUGCCAGAUGAUGUUGAAGAAGAAGAAGAUAAGAACACAAGCCACACCAACAGCAGUAAUAAUAACAACAGUGAUGGUGAUGACAAUGUGAAUGCCACAACAAACAAUCACACCAACAACAACGACCACAAUAACAACAAUACUGGAAGCACAGCAUUAGAUCUGGUGCACAAAUCAACACAGGUGAUGCUGUUGGAUGAAGAAUGUAGUGUAGCAAAGGCAGAGACGGGUGCAUGCACUUCUGAAAGGGGCACACAGGUUAGUGUGAAGGAGAUGCAAAAGCAACAGAUGGGCAAGAGCAAGAACGAAGAAGACACGGUGUCCCUCAUCACGAAAUUUGAGAACUCAGUACUUUGGAAAAAUAGCAAUUUUGUUCUUCCAGAAUCUGCACUGAAGAAACAGAAGACAGUACCAUCAUAGGUUUGGGGACACAUCAACAAGAUCACAGUCAGACAACCAGGCCAUCACCCUGUGGCAAGUAGACCAAUUACUCUGGAUAAUAAUCUCUUCAAUAAAAAGAUUAAACAACAAUGAUGAUGAUGAUGAUGAUGAUGAUGGAGACAAUGAUUGCAGAAACAAAAAUGACAUUGGUAAUAUCAAGAAGAAAGAGUAAUAGAGGAAGAGUUAAACUCAUUUCCUUUUCUACCUGCUCCACACUCUUACAGUUUAGACUUUUCCUUCUUCUCUUUGAGUUUUAAACAGAGAAGAAAAGAAAAGGUAAGAGAAGAAUUGGAGAGACAGGAUGAAUAAUCUUCUGGUCUAGUUGCAAAUAAACGUCAAUGUUU